CAGAGCUCUAACGCAGACAAACUUCAUGUUCAUGGAACUUAUGGGCCAGUGCCUUCCGCCAGCGGGCUCCAUAGAAGAUUUCAAGAAAAGCAUAGAUCCGAAAAAGUAUACCCCAUCCGUGUUGAGACUACGGCUACGAAACAGGAGACAGAAGGUGUUGCAUGAGCCUCCUCCCCACGGAGUUCAAAGCCCGUAUCCAAUUAACCUGGCCCAGCCUUCAACGAAAGAGCUCGAGGCUCUCAGGAACCAUAGCACUAGUUAGAGAAUGAGAAGAACUAGUAACAUUUUUACGAGCUUUUCUUUUUUGGGGGAUUUUUUUUCGGUACAGAAUGCCGG